AUUAAGAAGAUAAUCCAAGUUUCGAAAUCUUUAUCAAGAUUCUCCAUGGUUCAUCCAAUCAUUUGCAUUUUUUCAGCAGCUUUCUUGCUUAGCAUUCAGUUCCAUGACUUUGCUGGAGCUCAAAAUGUUGGUGUUAAUUAUGGCAGAGUUGCGGACAACCUUCCACUCCCACCUCAAGUAAUAGAGCUAUGCAAAUCCAAGAACAUUCAAAGGAUUCGACUUUUCGACCCGAAUCCUGACGCUUUAAAAGCUCUCCAAGAUUCAGGAAUAGAAGUGAUACUUGGAGUUGUAAACAAUGAUCUUCCAACUUUAGCCAAUGACCCUGCAUUUGCCACAACUUGGGUUCAGAUUAAUGUUGUCCCUUUUGCAGCAACUGUACCCUUUCGAUGCAUAGCUGUAGGAAAUGAGUUGAUUUCUACUGAUCUAGCACCCUCUAUUCUCCCUGCAAUGCAAGCCAUUCAAAAUGCAUUAAUUGCAGCAAACCUGAGAAUUCCUGUGUCAACCACUGUAUCCCAAAGUGUGCUUGGAACAUCUUACCCUCCUUCCGCAGGAGCCUGGAGUCCUGAUGCAGCUCCUAUCAUUGUACCUAUAGUUCAAUAUCUACAAGCUAACAAGUAUCCUUUAUUAUGCAAUGUCUAUCCUUAUUUUGCUUAUGCCAGUGACCCUGUACAUAUUAGGCUAGACUAUGCCUUAAUCAACACUACUGAAGUGGUCGUGACCGAUGGAGCACUAGGAUAUACAAAUUUGCUAGAUGCACAAGUGGAUGCUACAUAUGCAGCACUAGAAAAGGUUGGAGCUAAUGACGUAGAAACUGUAGUAAGUGAAACAGGAUGGCCUUCAGGAGGAGCAGAAACAAUAUCAACCAUCAUCAAUGCCCAAACGUACAAUAAUAACUUGAUUGCUCGUUUGAAGGCGAGUACUGGAACUCCAAAGAGGCCAGGAAAGGUGCUUGAAACUUAUAUAUUUGCCAUGUUCAAUGAAGAUCUCAAGGCUGCUGGGAUUGAGCAGCAUUUUGGACUGUUUAAUCCAGACAUGACAGAAGUCUACCCUAUCAAUUUUUAAGCCAGGAGUUACAAUUCAACAAAGAAGCUGCCCAGUUAGCGAAUUCAUAUAAUGUAGUAAGCUAGAUUCCUAGUUUCUAGAUGAUUAAGCUGUAGACAUUUUCCCCAGUUUUUCUACACAUCUAAAUGGUCUUAAAAUUUUAUCCUUUUGCCA